GAUUCUCCUGUCUCCUGAGUAGCUGGAACUAUAGGCAUGUGCCACCACUCUCAGCUAAUUUUUUCCUAUUUUUAGCAGAGAUGGGGUUUCACCAUGUUAGCCAGGAUGGCCUGAGCCUCUUUUAUGUGCUGCUUUGCCCUCUGGACAUCUUACUUGGGUGACACAGCUAGCAAAAUAUUUUGCCCAUUUUUGGGAGUAGUUACCUUAGUACUGAGUUUCCAGAGUCCUUUUAUAUUCUAGUUACAAGUCGUUUAUUAGAUAUUCAUUUGACAAAGUCUGUAACUUGUCUUUUUAUUUUUUAACAGUAUCUUUCAAAGAACAGAAGUUCUCAAUGUUGGUAAUGUUCAGUUUAUUAAAUUUUUCCUUUAUGUAUUGUGUUCUUGGUAUUAUAUCUAGGACAUCUUUGCCUAAGAUGAGACGUUGUAUGUUUAAGGUUUUACACUUAGGUCUGUGGUUCAUUUCGCAUUUGUUUUUGUAUACAGUGCAAAGUAUGAAUUAAAGUUUGGUUUAAUUUUUGCAUACAGAUAUUCUAUUAUUCCAGCUGCAUUUGUUGACAGGCUACUGGUAUGGCCUAAAAGUUUGUAUCCUCCACUAAUUCAUAUGCUGAGAUCCUGAUCCCCAAGGUGAUGGUAUUAGGAGGUGGUGCCUUUGGGGAGCUGAUUAAGUCAUGAGGGCAGAGCCUUCAUGAAUGUGAUUAGUGUCCUUAUAAAAGAGCCUCAGAACUGCCUUGUCCGUUCCACAUCGGGAGGACACAGCAAGAAGACUGUCUGGAGACUAUGAGGAAGCAGAGCCCUGACCAGACACUGACCAGAGGCCACCUUGACCCUGGACUUCUCAGCCUCCAGAACUGUGAGAAAUAAAUUUGUGGUGUUUAGAAGUGUCCAGAUUACGGAAAUUCAUCAUAGUAGCCUGAGUGGACUGAGGCACCAUCCUUUCGCAACCGAAUCGAUGUUACACAUUUGUUGAAAAUCAAUCAUCUGUAUAUGUACAGAUCUAUUUCUGGACUGUCUAUUCUGUUUCAUUGAUCUAAAAUUAGUCUGCCUUCAUGCCAAUGCCAUACAGUUUUGAUCACUAAAGAUUAUGAGUUUUAGAAUCAGCUCGUGUAAACAGUGUAAAUCACUGAGUGUUCAGAAGUUAAAGGUGUGCUGUGGUUUCAAAUAAGGUACUUAAUCAUUGCUUUUCUUUUUUUGUUGUUUUUUAUUUGUUUUGUUUAUUUUUGUUUUUAUUUGUUAUUUUAAUUGUUGUUUUUCAUCAUUCGGCAUGAAUAUCCCCUACAUAUCUCUGAAGUUUGAUUUUGUUCUUUAUUUUAAGGAAAAAAAAACCGUUGUGAACAGCUUGAACCUGACAAGUUCACUGGAAACCAUUGCACAGGAAGUGGACUGCUCAGCAGCCUUUGGUGGGACUGUGUGACGUCCUGACGAUUACUCAGUUUUGGGUAUUUCUUCAUCGCAGCAUGGGAAUGGACUAGUACAGACAGGAACUUGCCCACCACGCAUUACCACCCUGAAGAGUCUGGGAAACAAUGGUUUGAAGCUUUCAGCCACUAUGAUCCUGGGAGAGGUGAAGGGGGCCAGGAUGCUGCUGAGUAUCAAUUCUGUAUCCGGCACACAGUAUUAAACAUGAAUGACAAUAAUAGGACUUCUCAUCUGGUUGUUAAUGACAGCACUUUGCUGUCCCUUGCCAAUGUGCUACAGCCCUGGGGCAAGCCAGCUGCUUCUUAUGAAGAGGUGCAAGCGGACAGGAACAGAGGUCUCCAGUCAACAGACAGAGGACCUGAGGCCUGCCAGCAGCCAUGGGAAAUCCCUGCCCAGAAUCCAGCGCCUCCUUCCUGUCCAGGAUCCCCUUCUGGUGGAUCACAGGAGUUGUCUUGAAUCUGCCUGUGCCGGCCAUGUGGUCUCAGAGACACCAACUCUGUCCUGCAAGUUUACCACCUUGAAUGUGAUAAACACAAGAGCCAUGAGCAGCUUCAGUCUCUGCAGAAGGCUUGGCUGGAUUCCACUUAUGCAGGGCUCCAUGGCAGUUUCCAAUCUUCAAAUCUUCAGUCUUUGAAAGCACUGAAAGGAUGCCCUCAAAUGACCAGGAGUGGGAGCGCUCUAUGUCCCUGCUCCUGAUAACAACCUAACUGGAGUCUCUACCAUCUACCAGCACAGACACACCUCCAACUCCCCAGCUGAACUUCAUGACUGAUUUGACAGCCAAUGAUGCCCCUGACCCAGCCUACAUGGAUAUUGGAAGGACAUCAGUGAACUGGGAAAAGAGGCAGAGAUGAGACACCUGCCCUGGGCCACAGAUCUAUGUAGUUCAUAUCAAGAGUAAACACUGAAUUGCAACAGUCUUGAUAGGAAAGAAAAAACUUUUAUAUUUCAUAAUCAGUGCAGUAUUCUUAGAAAAUGACAAUUUUGGUAUUCACAGAAUAAGUUUUACAGUAUGGCUGCUUCUAAAAUUAGCUAAGUUUGGCAUGUCAUCUUACUCUGUAAAUGACUUUUAUAAAACAGCUAUCAUAUCAAAGAACUGGCUGACCCACCCCCCCCCAAAAAAAAAUUAGCCAAAAUGCAACUUAAUUAUAUCGUAUUCACUCAUGUCAAUGAAACUUCUUGCUCUGAGGCCUGACAGUUAUGAACAGAAGUGACCUGCUGUGGUUUACCCCAAUUCUAGCACUCCCUCCUGCCUCCAGUACUGUCCACAGCAAUAACCGCUUUUGCUAGACUGGACAUAUGCCCAAGGAACUGGAAGUGAGGUGUCUCAAGCUUCCUUGGUUUUAAC